AUGGGGCUCGGGGGAGGCCCGAGUGAGAGGUCCGGCUUGAAUUGGUGGCCAGAGAGCCUGAGGCCACAUGAUCCUAACGGAGCCUUUGCAACGCUAGAGUUGCUCUUAACCGCAGCCGCUGAUGUCGUAGAGAAGAAGCUAACAACUUCAAAGGAACUGAGGGUGCAAGAAAACGAGAGGCGGAGGAAAGUGAGAGACUGUGAGCUUUGCGGAGUCUGGGCGCGGGUUCACUGUGAGCCGGACCAAGCGAGGUUGUGUUGGGACUACGACAAGAAAGUUCACGAAGCUAACUUUCUAGUGGUGAAGCACCAGAGAAGCCUCAUUUGCCGCAGAUGCCAGUCGCUGACGCCGUGGACAGGGUCGGGUCCCAAGCUCACGCCCACCGUCUCGGUCUGCGAGAUUUUCAUUGAACACCGCGAGAGUAAGUUCGAGCAAUGCGCGCUGGUGGUUUCGUGGUUGGUGGAUCCUCCACCGGCGGCGAGUUGUUCAAGCAGUGAAGAAGAGGAGAAUGAGGAGGAAUUUUCGGUGUCAAAGCGAAUGCGAGAGAAUGCGGACUUGGGAUGUGAUGAGACGGAGGCGUUCGAUUGGUUACGAAUGUUGAAGCGACGGAGACUGGGCGGGGAGAACCGUUUACAGAGUAAGAGAUCAACGGCGAUGGGGAGCUCAAAAUCCAGAGGCUUGAUAAUGGAAACGGAGGCUAUCAACGAAGAUGAUGAUCAUGAUGAGAGCCGUUAG